AUGGGUAUUGUAAUUGGUAGAUUGAUCGUUGUAGGGAUCAGAGAGCAUAAAGCAAAGAAAGAAUUAGAGAAGCAAUUGGCUGAAGAUGAAGCUCAACUUCAAGCAGGUAUCAAAGAAGGUAAAUUCAAAGUGUAUACUCAUAAUGUUAGAUUAGACGCUGUUGAUAAACAACCAGGUGAACAGCCUUGGCCGUUUAGAAAGAAUGGAGUCAUUGAUAGUAUUCUUGCUCACGAUACUAUUCCAACUUUAGUUGGACUUCAAGAAGUCUUACUUAGACAAUUACUUGAUAUUGAUUCUGGUCUUGGAUCAGAAUGGACUUACAUUGGUGUGGGUAGAGAUGAUGGAAAGAGAGAAGGUGAAUUUGCUCCAAUUUUCUAUAAACCUGCAGAAUGGGACAAAGGCUGGGAUGCUGAUCAUAAUCGUAUUGUUACUGUUGGUGAAUUCAAACAUAAGGCUCUGGGUAAAACUGUUGUUUAUUAUAAUACUCAUUUCGAUCAUUUAGGACAAUUGGCCAGAGUCAAUUCAGCCAAGCAAAUUAUCGAAUUAGUUAACAAAAAUAAUGCUACUGCUGUUAUUGGUGGAGAUUUCAAUAGUGAACCUAAGAGUGAAACAUAUGAAACAUUAUCACAAUCAUUUGCUGAUACUGCUUUAGCUUCAGCUUUGAAAAAGGGUCCAAAAUUCACUAGUACAACCUUUGAUAAAACUACAACUGAAACUCGUAUCGAUUACAUUUGGGUUACUCACGACAUUCAAGUAUUAGAGAGUGAAGUAUUAUCCAGCCAAACGAAAGGUUUCCUCUUCAGUGAUCACAGACCAGUGCAAGCUGUCUUACAAUUAUAGAAUAGUUUUAUUUUUUUAC